CUCCUUGAUGGCGGAGGCCGAAGUGAAAGCGAGGGCGCUGAAAGCGAUGAAGCGCUGUUUGGUCGGUUUCGCGACCGAAGCCAGGGGUGAGCGGGAGUUGUGUUGGUCAGAAUCAGUGCCGUAUCUUGAGACCCUCCCACCUCCCCUGGAAUUCUAUCGAGAAUGGAUCUGCCCAAACAAACCAUGUAUAGUCCGAAAUGCUUUUAACCACUGGCCGGCUCUGAAGAAGUGGACUUUGGGUUACCUGAGGCGAAUAAUGGGCUCCAAGCUGGUGAGUGUGGCAGUAACUCCCAACGGUUAUGCUGAUGCAGUUUAUCAGGACUGGUUUGUUAUGCCAGAGGAGCGACAUAUGCCUUUCAGUGCUUUUUUGGACAUUUUGGAGAAAAAAGUAACUUCUCCAGGGGUGUUCUAUGUGCAGAAACAAUGUUCAAACCUGACUGAGGAAUUUCCUGAACUUAUAGGUGAUGUGGAGCCUGAGAUACCCUGGAUGAGUGAAGCGCUGGGAAAGAAGCCUGAUGCUGUGAAUUUCUGGCUGGGAGAAUCUGCUGCAGUGACCUCAUUACACAAAGACCAUUAUGAAAACUUGUACUGUGUGAUUUCUGGAGAGAAACAUUUUCUGUUGCAUCCACCAAGUGACCGUCCCUUCAUCCCAUAUGAGUUGUAUCCACCAGCAACCUACCACAUGUCAGAAGAUGGGUCAUUUGAUGUUCUGGAAGACAAAACGGCAGAGAAGGUACCCUGGAUCCCUUUAGAUCCUUUAAAUCCAGAUCUGGAACAAUAUCCAGAAUAUGCUCAGGCAAAGCCUUUCAAGUGUACUGUGAAGUCUGGUGAAAUGUUGUAUCUUCCUUCUCUUUGGUUCCAUCAUGUUCAGCAAUCAUUUGGCUGCACAGCAGUGAAUUACUGGUACGAUAUGGAAUAUGAUCUAAAAUACUCCUAUUAUCAGCUGCUGGAUUCUCUCACGGAAGCUGCACAACCAGUCUUGGGGUCUUCUUGGAACAGCUAACCUUUUACAUCUGAUGUUGAGCUGUGCUUAGAAUUUUUUUAUACCUUUAUUCAUAUGAGUUAAAUAAUUUCAUAAUCGAUCUGAUAAAAACAAAAGACAAUUUUUAGUAUCAUAUGAAGGUAUUAUAAGAGAUGUUGGACAAACUGUACCUUACAAAGCUGCUUUUCUAUCUUCAAUACACUGCUUUGCCAUCACUGUGUCAGUUACCAAAUCCUAUUCUGAGGUGACCAACUUUAUCUUAAAAAAUUAAACAGAUUUUCUAGCUCCGUUUCAAUUAGAUUUCUGGACAGUGUUUGGAAGUGACACCAUUUAGUUCUAGUGUAAAAUGGUUUUCUGCAGAUAAAGUGUUCUAAUGUCUUCAGCAUCUUCAGCAUUUGUAUAAAUCUGUUGGAUGAAAGAAUAUGGAAUGGUGUUUAGUGCACAAUGCCUGCCAACUUCCUGUUCCUUUAUCCAUGAGGCCUUCAAGCAGUAUGGUCAUCUGUGAAUCAGUUCCUGGUUCACGCAAUACACUAUGUCAUACUGUUUGCGUUGGGUUUGGCAAUUGUUGCAACUUAGCAUAAAGUGUGAAUUGGGCCAUUGUGGCUAAAAACAAAAUUCUGGCCUAACAGGAUGUGUGAAUCCAAUAUAUGUGUACAGAACUAGUGGGCUAAUAAACUAGGUCAAGAAA